ACACAACAGUGGACAUGUUGCGUGGUUGUUGCAUUGUUCGACCUGUCACUAUCAUUCAUUUCCUCCGCAUACAAAUUAGAUAUCUUCAAAAUAAUGCCUCAUCAGUGCACGAUCGAGCCAACGAAGUUAAAUAAUGGGAAGAGCGAUUCUUCGUGGUUGAAAUCGAAAUGGUUGUCCUUGGUGGUGAUUUCAGCUGACAAUCCGCUCUGCUCGCUUUACUUUAGGAGCGAAACUGGAGUGAGAGCUGAGAAGAUGAAACAACUGUGUUCCAAGCAUCCGUAUAUCAUACAUCCAAUGAGUAAAUUCAGGCGAUGGUAUGACGUAUGCAUACUCUUCAUUUAUAUACUGAUGCUGUUGGUCAAACCGAUCGAUGGUAGUAUUGGGAGACAUCAAAGUAUGGAUGACCUUUUUGCCAACUACCGAGAAUUUUCCCUGAGUUUGGAUUUCGUCUCUUGGAUUAAUAUUUUCCUGCAUUUCGGCAUGGGAUGCACUGAUGCGAGAAAUAAAGUGAUUGAAAUGCGUCCAUCGAAAAUAGCUAGGAAAUACUUGUCUAGCCCCUAUUUCAUAGUAGACAUACUAUCUUCCUUGCCCAGAUAUCUGCCUUACUAUUGGAAUGAGGGAACGCAAAAUAAAAUAAUCAUGGGAUGUUUGAAUAUAUGUUGCAUGCUCAAACUCUUCAGAAUUUUCACAGUCAUCAAAUUGAUAUCUAAAGUCAGUUAUAGUUUCCAUAUCAAAUCCAGCAUGGCAGUAUUCAUGACGUCAGCAAUCACGGGUUGCUUGUACAUUUUGCAUCUGUCGACGUGUCUGCUAAUGGCAGUACCCAGACUGGUGCAGUACCAUUUCGGGGGCGAGUCCCUAGAUUGGCUGCGCGAACACUAUGGAGAGAAUUACAGAAAAAAAUACAUUAUGGCGGUGUUCAGGAGUUCUGCUUGCCUCCUAGGUAUUCGGUACGAUCUCGAAGAAAACAAAUAUGUUGAGGAUUAUCUGAUAACCAUUGCCACAUAUGUAGUUGGAAAGAUUCUCAUCGCUACAACAUGGGUUGUGUUGGCUGUCGCUAUUUUGAACAGUAGAUCGAUGAACAUAAAAUACCAAGAGAUAAUCAACCAAUUGAACGAAUACAUGAUACAGAAGCAGCUACCUAUAGAACUGAGGCACAGAAUUUCACAGUUUUAUGCUUUCAAAUACCAAAGCAGGUAUUUCAAAGAGGAGUUGAUCAACAGUUUACUUUCUGAUAAGCUCCGCAAAGACAUAAACCUACACGUGUGCAGAUCGCUGAUAGAAAACGUGUCACUAUUUGCUGACCUGCCAUCCAAUCAGGUGAGCGAUGUGGUAGCCCUGUUGGUUCCCGAAAUAUUCCUAGCCAGAGACACAAUCAUACAAUCCGGCACAAACGGGGAUUCCAUGUAUUUUCUGUCCAGCGGAACUGUCGCGGUGUAUACGCAUUCGGGAAAAGAGGUAUGCCACUUGCAAGAUGGCGCAUAUUUCGGCGAGAUAUCGUUGGUUUUAAAAGAUCAGGCGAGGACAGCGACGAUCAUAGCGAUAGAGGUGACUCAGGUUUAUAGAUUGAAGAAAAAGGAUUUCGAGAAAACUUUAGUGAAAAACAGGCCUGUCUAUCAGUCAAUAAUUCAUAGAGCCGAAAUGAGGUUGAAAGAGACAUUGCAGUUGGAGGAGAGCUACAAGAUGGCGCUUUUCGAGAAAACAUACACCAAACAGUCUGUUGCAGUUCCUUCUCGAUCCGUUUCCUACGUAUCAUCGUCAGGACCAGGUAACCCGAUGAACAUUGUCCCGAGUACCUAUAUGAAGAAAUAAUAUUAGGUUAAAUUAAUGUAAUGUAUUUUUCAUUUGUUAUAAUAGGUAGGCAUAUACUUACAUGAUGUCAAUUUCUAAACUCUCCCACCUUCAAUAUUUUCUUCCAGUGAAUGAUACAAAAAAUUGGAACGUGUCAAUUUUUUUUUUCAAAAGAUACACUCUCAAUUUUAUUAACACUCUUAGCACUCGUGGUUCAACCUCCUAGUGGGGUUGAUGUGUCCCCUCAGAAUCUUGAAUUGAAAGGAGGAAAGGGCGUUGGUUGAAUUCUGUUUUUACGGUAUCCUAAUUUAUUAUUUUUUGAUGAGCAACUUACAUGUAAUAUCGCUCUAAACUUACAGUAGUGAUUACAACUUGCCUGCACUGAAAAUAAUGGUUUUCAGGUUAUAUAAAUUCAAUGAAAAUGAUAGUUUUGAGCCUCUUUUCAGUAGAAUUUGUUAGAAUAUAAGUUGUUUUCGUUCCAACGCUUGAAUGACAAAUAAGCCUGGUCUAGUUCUUCCUGAAUUUUAUUUGUAUUUGUUAGGUAUUUUAAACUUACGAAAAAUAAACUUUCAAUUUGCAUGAAACAAACUUCAGAAAUGGAACAUAUGGGAUCACUUUCUUGUCUAUCGGGCAGGAAGAAAAUAAUUAGAUGGAGCACCAUCCUGGUGGAAAUGUAACAGAUCCUCCUGCAAAAUUUCCUGACCCGUUUCUUGCUGAAAAGAUUAACUUUAUCGAAGCAGAAGUAGCAAAGAGGAAAGCUAUUUGUGAACUACCACCGAAAUUUUACUAUCAGAUUGCUUUCUGAUGACUUUUCCACUCUUGGUCUCUAGAAUCAAUCAGAAUCGGCCAUUUUCACGGUUUCAUCUGCAUAACAGCGAUAUUUUUUUGUUCACUAAAUGUUAUCGGACUUGCUCUACCAAUAGAGAAGCCGAAUUGACCCACACGUCAUCAACCUUCCUCGUUUUUCAGCGAUAUAAUUUUGGACGUUUAAAACUUCAAUUAUGUUGGAAGCCAGAAUGAUGGAUGCAGUGUGCGCAACUCUCGUGAGCCGCUUGUUUAUUGUCUCAAUCAUGGAAUACUCAUACGAAUACAACUCGUGAUACUAUUUUUCCUGAAAAUAUUCGUCGAUUGACAUACUCCAGCUUGCUGCUUCAAUUUCGCUCAUUAUUUGGAGAGCUAAUUGCUGUUUCUGCCAUAUGUAUUUCUCCUGAAAGGAUACUCAAUAUAAUAUAUUUUGUUCAAAUAAAAACCAUGCAUCUUUGCAUUCUACCCCAGUUCAUUUGAGAUUCUGAGAGUGAAAUCUACCCUUCCUAGGGGGUUUAACCAGACCACGAGUACUAGAUAUAUUCAUUGAGAGUGUCCCUGUUGAACAUGGAAUUGACGGAUUUUCAAAUUUUUAUACAGGGUGUUUCACAGGUAAAGGGAAAUAUUUCAAUGGUAGAUAGGGGUCACCAAGGUAGUUCUGAAAAUGCCAUAUUUGAUAGGUCUUAGAGUCUUCAUAACGGAGAUACAGGGCGAUUUAUCGAUUUCGAAUAAUUCUUCAUUCGUCUAUAAGUAUUGAACUACCCAGUAUAUUUUUCUAAAAUUUGGUAUGGAGCGUAUACUUGGGACGUUGAAUUCAUUCACCUAUCGGGCGAAGUGAAAAUCCAGGUUCGGCUUCAGGAAAAAUUUACAUUCAUUCGAAAUAUUAAAAUAACACACUGUAAGUAAUAAUUGACAGAGUUCAUCAAAGGAAUCGUGAAGAAGAUGAAAAACUGAACUGGAUUUGAUGCUUUUUGUUUUCCCGCCACCAAUUCUCAUAACAAUCUCGUAACAAUAAUCAUAAACAGGAAGCUAAAAGUAUGUCAAUUUCAAGAGUAUCAAAAUUAUGAAACCACUUCCAAUUAUGAUUAUUUGAUAUAUUCUUGUUAAAUCAUCGUUCGAAAUAACUUACUAAGUCUCACAGUCUUUAUAACAGAGAUACAGGGUGAAUUAUCGGUUUCGAAUAAUUAUUCACUCGUCCAUAAGUAUGGAAAUACAGGUUCAGCUUCAGGAAAAGUCUCAUAAUCUUUAUAAUAGAGAUACAGGGUGAAUUACCGAAUUAUAAUUAUUUGGUAUUAUUUUCAUUCCGCCUGAUAGGUUAAUGAAUCCAUCGUCCCAAGUAAGCUACAUACCAAAUUUGAGAUAAUGUUACUGGGUAGUUUUAUACUUAUGGACGAGUGAAUAAUUAUCCAAAACCGAUAAUUCACCCUGUAUCUCCGUUAUAAAAACUGUGAGACUUAGUAAGUUCUUUAGAGCGAUUUUUUGACCAAAAUAUAUCGAAUAAUCAUAAUUGACACUGGUUUCAUAAUUUCAAUACUCUUCAAACUGACAUACUUUCAACUUUCUGUUUAUGAUUGUUACGAUGAGAAUUGGUGGCGGGAAAACAAAAAGCAUCAAACCCAAUUCAGUUUUUCCUCCUCUUCACAAUUCUUUUGAUGUACUGUGUUGAUUAUUAAGUACAGUGUGUUAUUUUAAUAUUUCGAAUAAAUGUAAAUUUUUCCUGAAGCCGAACCUGGAUUUUCACUCCGCCCGAUAGGUGAAUGAAUUGAACGUCCCAAGUAUAAGCUCCUUACCAAAUUUGAGAAGAAUAUACUGGGUAGGUCAAUACAUAUAGACGAAUGAAUAAUUAUUCGAAAUCAAUAAAUCGUCCUGUAUCUCCGUUAUGAAGACUCUAAGACCUAUCAAAUAUGGUAUUUUCAGAACCAC